UUGACUUCCGGUUACUGACGUGUUGUCAGUCAAAUGGAGAGAAGCUCUAACAGCAAUCGAACGUCACCUGUCGAGUCAAAGGGACGUGUUCUACGUUGUAUACGCAUUCUGCAAAUCUUGCUGAAAGUCAUGCUUGCCAUAUCGUUGACUGUGCUUAUUCUUGUGUACUUUGAAACCGGAGAAAGUUUCCAUGAGAAGCAAAUAACAAAACCAGCUGAUCUUCCAAAGAAAUUCUUCCCGACCCACAGUUACGUAGUGGAUUUCCCGUUUGGUAAUCUCCAGCCAAUAAUAAAGUUGCUUGAAGAUGAAGAGAUGAUCUUUGUGAUGUAUUAUGCCACUUGGUGUGCAGAGUCUAUCCGAGUUAGGAAUGAGUACAUACAAGCAGCUAGAGUACUGUCUAGCACAGUGAAGUUUGUAGCUGUGAACUGUUUCUACACAAGUGGAGAAUGUCGACAGAGGAUGAAGUUCUUGUCCUUUCCAGAAAUGUUUAUUUACCAUACAGGGGUGCUGGAUGGCUACAGAUUCACUGGCAUCAAAGAGGCUGAGUAUCUGGUGAAGUUUGUUGAGAACUUCUUGUUCCCAAUCAAGCCUCUUCUGACUGAGAGGGAAAUCAAUGAGUUCUCUGUUCAGAGUGAUAACACAGUCAUAGGUUACUUUGACUUCAACUCUUCUCCGCAGCCCCCUGGUCCCGCCUUCCAUCAAUUUUACCUUGCUGCUCUCAGAGUCAUUUCAUAUGACUUCUACCAGCCAGUGAGGUUUGGUGUGGUCCGAAAGGCGCGACUGGCUCAAUUACUGGACCUCAACACUCCUGGCAGAUUUGUGCUGGGGCGUAUGGGGAACACCACGCUAAAAUAUCCUCUGUUUUACAACAUGACGGCCAGGAACAUCAGCAACUGGAUCAUGACAAACAAACAGAAUAGCAUUUCCCCUUGGCUGGUUCCUCCACUCACCAAGAGUCUAACACUGUCAGUACCCAUGCAGCAGGGAGCCGCAGUGUUAUUGUUUGGCCCAACCAACCCAUUACUCAACUUUAACCCUUACUAUGAUAUGGUGAGACUGGCCAGUAUAGCCUACAGAGCCUGUGAUAAUCGUACAGGCUUUUACCAGCGUGUUCUCACGGCCUACCUUCACAAUACGUUCACCCAGAUGCAUAAGGCAAACACGUUACAUAAAAAGUGCCUAGAAAAGAAAUCCCACGAGCUUUCCGCUUACCCUUCUUCCUGUUGUAUGUGCCUUUCCGACAAUAACAGAUAUCUCGAAAAGAAAUCCAUUUGUGAAUAUUGUGUUCAGAGAAGAAGUGCAAACAGUGAAACUAUAUGUAACCUUGACCUCCAGUCAAAUGCGAAACCAGAAUUUUCAACACAUUUGGUGAACUCUUGUUCAGACUUUUAUCAGUUUUAUAACAUAAAUGAACAUCAUUCCGUGUGUUGUAAAGAUAAAAUGUCUUCAGUUUCUAGCGAAAAAUAUAGAAAGUUCCAAGGGAAAUUUAGACAAAGUACGGACAAAUAUGUGAUAAAUGGUGAUAGAACUUUUAUGCAACAGUACCUCAGUAAAUUGACGUUACAGAAAACAAAAUCACUUUUAUCCUUAAAGGACCUCAUAGGAAGUUUAACAACAAACAGUGAUAUACGUAAUGCGAAUAUGACUGGUUUACAAUGUAGGACAAAUAAGACUGUAAAUUUCUAUUAUGUAGAUAGUGUUUACCAAUCUGUUUUUAUGGAGAAGUUUCGAGUACCGUCGGUGCAAUCUAAAGCAUCUGUGAUACUUGUUGACUUAAAAGAUGAAGCUGUGUAUACUCUCGGGGCAAAAGUCAACUUCCAGAACUUAGCCCGGUUUGUGAUGAACUACACAGAAGGCCAUUUGUCUCGUUUCCGUCGUUCCUCUGAUGAGACAACGCCCAGUGAGUGUGUGACAGACGGGCGGAGCGUCUGUGUGCUUGAAAUAAAUGCGGAGACAUUUCCAAAUGUUGUUAUGGAUCCUACUAAGGAUGUAGUUGUGCUGUAUUACACCCACUGGUGCGGCUUCUGUCGACAAGUGUCUCAAGCAUUCCUCUCAGCUGCCUCAUACUUCAUGCAUAAUACAAACAUACUGUUCGCCAGAGUGAAUGCGGACAAUAAUGACCUUCCUUGGGAGUUUACAGUGGACAGAUUCCCUACUAUUAUCUUUUUCCCAGCCCGAAGGAAAGCAGACAGCGUAGUCUUCCCGGACAACAAGUUAAAAACAGUCCCAAAUCUUGUCAAGUUUAUUCUUAACUAUGCCAACUUUUCCCUGCAAGUUGACACUGCAGUAAGUGCAUGUACCGAACACUGUGUGGCUCGAAACCGUGAAAAAAUCCUCACAAGAAUGGAAAAACUUAGGCUGGUGAUUGGCCAAUUGACUCGGCGCGGCAACGCUGUGUCAUCAUUGACUCCAGAGAGUGAAAUUCAAAGAAAACAUCUAGAAUCAGCAAGAUCUGCAAUAAUUCGAGCUCGUAAUGUGAAACAAUUUAAACUACGCAAGGCUCAAAUUUUAAAUUCAUAUUUGCAAAACAAUUGGAAGCAUUUAGAUAAAAAAAUGAUUCAUAGUUAUAUAGAAUCAAAUCUUGCAUUGUAACUAUGAUUUGUUAGUGAUUUAUUUAGUAAUGUUUUAUUAAAAAGACUUGCUCAAUAUUUGUGCAUGUAUUGUGACGGGAUUUGAGUGCUAGCAAUAAGGUGCUUUUCAGUUAUUAAAAAGCAUUGUUGUAAAGUAUACAAGUCUGAGGCAUUAUUUUGCUGCAUUGCAAAACAUAAGUCGAAUAGAGCAUCUUUUAAUUCCUGUGAUAACCUUUUAUUAAAUAUAUUUAAUGCAGCUGUUAUCAAUUUAUCUUGAAAAUAAUGGAUAUUAAUUUUAUCCAAACCUGCAAUUGUUUGAAUGUAUUGAAUGUCUUAAAAGAGGUGUAAAUUGAAAUCCAAGAUUGUUAUUUACUAUUUCAAGUAUGGUGUAUUGUGGUUAUUCCUAGGAUUGUUUUUCAUUGAAAUUUCAAACAAACUACUUCACACAAACUUUCACCCAUUAAUCAACACAGUUGACUUGAUUUUUAAAGUGAAAAACUUGUAUGAUCAAUGUGAUUUAUCUUUGUCGAACCUGGAGAAUGAGAAUGAUGAAAAAUGUAUUCAUCAAAAUUCAACAGCUGAAUGGGUUUAAUUUGCAAGAUUUUUGUGCCUUUUAAAUAUGAUUAAUGUAGAUCACCAUUGCUGUACAUGUGUUUGUUUUGUUUGGUUUUGUUUCUCCAUAAAACCUUUGCAAUUAAACCAGUUUACAUUGCAUUUAUUAUAUUUCGAUAAAAUUAAGUCUGGCUUUGUAAAAAAACCCAGAAGGUUUCACAACAUUCCCUUCUACACAUUUGUGUUCAGAGUGUAUGGAAAGGACAAUUCAAAGAUGUCAUUUGAAGCAAUGGUGAUGAUGAAGGGUUAUGCUAUUUCUUAUCCAUAAUGUGACUGUUAACCAUAAUCCAGCUGUUGUCCAUGACCUUAGGGUCUGUUGGCACCCACUGGUGGCCGUUAAGUCUGCAUUGGGGUUUGAACCCACAACCUCUUGGGUGAGAAGUGGACACUUUAACCACCAGACAAUGGUCACUAUUUCUAAGCAUUUAAGAAAGUUUACCGUCAUCAAGUUAGUGGUGAUUACCUUAGACCAUGUUGGAGCCCAAUGAUUCAACCCCCACCACAGACUUAAAGGCCAUCAGUGCACUCCAACUCGAACCAACAACCUCUUUGGUGAAAAAUGUACACUUGAACCACUAUACAAUUAAUUGUCACUCAGUCUAAGCAUUUAAGAAAGUUAACCGUCAUCAAGUUAGUGUUCUCUAUUACUCACACCUUAAGCAUUUAAACAAUUUGUGUCUAGUUCAUAUUGAACUUUUUGGGUGUGAGUAAAGGCAUUUGUUUAAUAAAUAACUAUUGAAAGUGAACAUUCCUUUUGAAGAGCAUAUUUUUCAUUUAUUGACACUAGUUGGCAGUGUUGUAUUAUGUUAUUUCCUUUUUUUCUGGUAUUUACAGUCCAUGCGCUUCGUUUAAAAAUUGUUAUGUUUUAGAAAUAACAUACUUAGCAAAGUUUCUUUAUAGAACUAGAUUAAAAACAUUUUUUUUAUAUAAUGUUGUAAUAACUUGUUUCACAAUUGUUGUUAAACAAAUAAAUUUUAGCUAAAUUAUAAGCAUUUCAUAUUUAAUCUUCCCUCAUUUAAUGAAAUAAAGGCAUUUGUAAGAAUACAUAUGGGAUAGUGUAUGGCCUGUCUUGGUUUUGUUUAUGGUUAUGUUUAAGUUAUGGACAAAUGAUUGUUAGCAUGUACUUACGCAGUCACUUAACCAUCAACUGUGUGUGAGUACAUAUUAAAAAGUUUUUUAGUGGUCUACAUGAUAUUUUGUAAACUACCCACCAAUUUGGCCAGUCCCUCUUUUAUAUCUAAAUAAAUGUUUUGGAAAACUUCAGAAAUUAUGAGAGAAAAUAUUAUGUUUACCAUCAUUGAAGACCAAGACGUUUAAAAAAUUAAACAUGUUUAGUAAAUGCGGUAUACAACAUGUAUAUUUUAUGUACCAGUCAAGAAAUAAAUUCAUUCUAGUCUUAACAUAUUUUGUUUUUUGCUAUGCAAGUUUUUGAAUUACCGGUAUUUAUAUUGUUGAAAUUGUUAUUUAUCAUGGUUUUUCUCUGCUGUAUGUAUGCUACUAUUAAAUUAUAAUUAUAUACUGAUAUACUUAUAUACUGAUAUACUGAUAGGUAAAAGUUGGUGUAUUUCUAAUGUUACUGUUAAAAUGUUGUCUUAAAUUUGAUUAUUUAGCUAGAUUAUUUAUAACCAUUAAUGAAGUGUUUAAUAAUUUUCAUCAAAAGUGUGGUUUACAUUUAAUUGUUUUAUAUACUAUGUUAAGCACAGAAAUUUGGAAAUCUUUAUUUGCACAAAAUUACCAUAGUUUAGUUAUGUAUAUAAGAAACAUCGCAAUUGUGUAUCUAAUACCUUAAAGCUGCACUCUCACAGAUAUACUAUUUUUACAACUUUUUUUAUUUUUUGACUUUG